CAAUACGCAGGCGCGUCUCCUCAAAUCCCAUUCCUACAGCCCUCCUCUUUCUCUUCAUUUCGUUCCCCCUCCGCUUCCAGCACCUCAGCUGGUUCAAACUCUUCUGCAGGAGAGUGGUUGCGACCGUGAGGUCACGUGAUGAGCAUCCUGCUGCCCAACAUGGCGGAGUUCGACACCAUCUCGGAACUGGAGGAGGAAGAGGAAGAAGAAGCGGCAACGUCGUCGUCGCCGCCGCCGUCGUCGUCGUCUGUAUCUGGGCCCGACGAUGACGACGAUGAGGAGGAGGAUGAAGAGGAGGAGGAGGAAGAGGAAGAGGUGCCGCCUCCGCCGCGGGUAGUGAGCGAGGAACAUAUGCGGAAAUAUGCCCCCGACCCUGUGUUGGUGCGGGGCGCUGGCCACAUCACUGUGUUUGGCUUGAGCAACAAGUUUGAUACUGAAUUUCCCUCAGUUCUAACAGGGAAGGUGGCCCCAGAAGAAUUUAAGACCAGCAUUGGCCACGUGAAUGCAUGUUUGAGAAAGUCUCUCCCAGUCAAUGUGAAAUGGCUGCUGUGUGGUUGUCUCUGCUGCUGUUGCACACUGGGUUGCAGCCUGUGGCCUGUUAUUUGUCUCAACAAAAGAACCAGAAGAUCAAUUCAGAAGUUAUUAGAAUGGGAAAAUAACAGAUUAUAUCACAAGCUUGCUUUGCACUGGAAGUUGACUAAAAGGAAAUGUGAAACUAGCAAUAUGAUGGAGUAUGUAAUAGUAAUAGAAUUCUUACCGAAAUAUCCCAUAUUUCGACCUGACUGAAGAGUUUUAUCUAGUCACUUCUGUGUUAUCUGUCACUUCCUACCCUUAGUGCCUUGUACAUGAUUUUGGAAUGAAGAUGAUCUCCAUUAAUGUGUUCAAUUUACUGUUUAUAAUGGUAGAAUAUUCUCCUUGCUCUUUUAUUUGUGUUGGUUUUUGAAGAAAAUUUGCACAUCUUUUUUGUUAUUAAAUAAGGCUUGUGUUUUGCACUUUCAAAUUUUAAAUAAAUACACAACAUGUGUGCACAUAUAUACAGAUAGUUGCUGGUAUUUAAAAAACAAAACAAAAGCUUAUUCUGAGCAUGCUGCCUUAUAAUUUUCAUAUUCACUAUUUCUAAAUAUGCAUCAUCUUUCUAGGCUACUUGAUACUCUGUAAUCCCUUACUGGACACAUUUAAGUAAGCUUUUAGUAGCUUUUAGAAGUGGUUUUACUCUGCUUUCAAAGGACAUGCAAUUAAUAACACUCAUUUUGUCCUGCACUUUAUUACUAAAUUAUCACUUAUGUUUGUGGAUAAACUAUAUAGACCCCUAAAGACUUGUAAAUAGCAUCACUUUGCAUAAUGUAAAAUGUGGUAUGCCAUAGUUUACAGAAUGUAAUAUUACUUUAUUGUAUUGCCAACAAUUCUACAUAGAUUUGAAUAUGAAUGAAGUUUGCAAGUAUCCUUUUGAAUGUAAUAGACUGUUUGUUGUAUGGCAAAGCCAUAAGAAGUAUGUCAGAAAUUUCAGGUGUAAGGCAGGGUUGCCCUUUGUAACAAAUGGAUUAACAUAUGAACCAUUAUCUUGGAUACUCUGCAUUGUACCUGAAACCAAGAACCUUGUUAUUUCCAUUUCAUUUAAUAAGUUCCAUUUUAUUCUGCUCUCCCACUCUGAAAAGUAUUCACAUCUGACAUAUUUGACAGCCUCAUCAUUCUUCAUUUACUUCCCUUUAUGUAGCCCUUCCCUCAUUUGAAAAUACAAUCAUGGCCUUAAAGGAAUAUUUUGAGAUUUCAUACGUCUUGGGAGGUAUCUAUGAAAGCCACUGUUAACCCCUUUCUGGAGUUUUGAUAUUCUACUUUGGGAAAGAGGGAGAAAUAAUGGAGAAGUUGUACCUAAAGAAUAUAUAGUAGCUGAUUCAUAAUUGACAAAAAUAUUCUCUGUCUUCUUCUUGAGUAUCUUUUAAAAAUAUUUGAAUAUUAUUAAUGAGAAAAGACAAGUGUUUAGACAAAAGUAUUUUAGUUCAUAAAUUCACCUCAUAUGUAGCCAUUUCAUUGAUGCAUAUUUCUCUGUUUCUCUUCAGAAUUAAGUGAAAAAGCACUACACUCUAAAUCUACUAGAAUUUGAAAUUUUAGUAGAGUAAAAGAUUCAUAUCACAUUAAUUCAAAUGCAAAUGUAUGCCUCUGUAGGCAUUAUUUGUAAGUCAUAGUGCUAAAAAUAAAUUAAA